CGGAAGUUUCCCUUCUCACUUCCGGUGCGGCCGCGGGAAGAAGACCGGGAGUUGAGAGGAGGAGGAGGGGGGGGGGAAAGCGGCUCGCACCGGCUGCCUCAGCUGAACUCCCCGCGAAGCUCUUUCUUGCGUCGCCUGACGGAACCCGGCCCGGGAUCCCCGCCUCUCUCCGCCCGUGGGCCCCCCACCCGGAAGUGCGACUCGCAGCUUCCGGUCGGGUCCUCUCUUGCCCUUCUCUUUCUCUUCCUCCUCCCCCUCUUUCGGCCUCCCUCCCCUCCCCCCCCGCCCCCCCCCCGGAGCGGCUCUCCCAAAAUGGCGCCGCUGGACUUGGACAAGUACGUCGAGAUAGCGAGGCUCUGCAAGUACCUGCCCGAGAACGACCUCAAGCGGUUGUGCGACUAUGUUUGUGACCUCCUCCUGGAAGAAUCGAACGUGCAGCCGGUUUCUACCCCUGUUACCGUCUGCGGUGACAUUCAUGGACAGUUUUAUGAUCUAUGUGAAUUAUUCAGAAAUGGAGGUCAGGUUCCCGACACAAACUACAUAUUUAUGGGUGAUUUUGUAGACCGAGGCUAUUACAGUCUAGAGACAUUUACUUAUCUUCUUGCCCUGAAAGCAAAGUGGCCGGAUCGAAUCACGCUCCUGCGUGGGAAUCAUGAAAGCAGACAGAUCACCCAAGUCUAUGGAUUUUAUGAUGAAUGCCAGACAAAAUACGGUAACGCAAACGCCUGGAGAUACUGCACUAAAGUCUUCGACAUGCUCACGGUAGCAGCGUUGAUAGAUGAACAGAUCCUCUGCGUGCACGGAGGCCUUUCUCCAGACAUCAAAACACUGGACCAGAUCCGAACCAUCGAGCGGAACCAAGAGAUUCCCCACAAAGGGGCUUUCUGUGACCUCGUCUGGUCCGACCCAGAGGAUGUGGACACCUGGGCCAUUAGUCCUCGAGGAGCUGGGUGGCUUUUUGGUGCUAAAGUCACCAAUGAGUUUGUCCACAUCAACAACUUAAAACUGAUCUGCCGAGCCCACCAGCUGGUCCAUGAAGGGUAUAAAUUUAUGUUCGACGAGAAGCUGGUAACGGUCUGGUCUGCUCCAAACUACUGCUACCGCUGUGGAAAUAUCGCCUCCAUCAUGGUCUUCAAAGACGUCAACACGCGGGAACCGAAGCUGUUCCGGGCCGUCCCGGAUUCCGAACGCGUCAUCCCGCCGAGAACCACCACGCCGUAUUUCCUCUGAGAGAACCUCCUCCAGCCCUCCCUCCUCUCUUUGUGACGUACAUCCUAUGGAGCACUUUGCUGCUGAAAUGCUUUUGUUUUUUUAAUUAUUUUUAAAUUAUCUAAAUGUAUUGUACAUGGUCCAUAGCGUUGCGUUUUCUUAAGCCUGCCUUUUCCCCAUUUGCGUCGCCUCCCUUUUCUAAGAUUGCUUUUGAAAUGUCCCACAAGCACUUAAACUUUGUCGUAUAUAUGACAGGUAUAUAUGACAAGAGAUAUAUAUCUAUAUAUAUAUCUAUUUAGUGCUUUUGAUUCCCUGUUUCUGUGUUUUGUUUUUAGGGAAAACUCUUUCCCUUUGAAAUAAAAUCAAAUAAAAGCAGAGCAAGACGUCAGAACUAGCCUGAUUCUCCUUUAUUCCGUUCAGGAGUUGGCUUUUGGGGGGGGGGAGGGGUGUUCUUUUGUUUGUUUUGGAUAAGGUUGUUAAGAUAUUUCAGCAGCAAAGUUGAAUUUAAUAUGCAUUUUGGGACUUUGUUAGUCCAACUUCAGGGCAUAUCCUUAGGCUGUAACGGUGGGCUGGCCUUGUUUAUAUUUUAAAUCAUAAGUGGUUUAGGAAACUGCCCCUUAUAUAUAGAUAUAUAUAUUUUCUUUCAGCUUUGUUUUUAUGUUUAGGGUUCCAAGUGAAACAGGAAACCCAUUACAGGUAUUUGAAUUUGUACAUUAAAAUAACUGUUCUGAUUUUUUCUCAGAUACCUUGUAUUUUUAAUAAAAGUGAUAAUCUUGAA